UUAUAUCACCAAUGGUGUCAUCUACGGUGGUGUCACGCAGCAUUCGCAAGUCAAGAUGCUCAACAGAUGAGUCGAUGUCCUGAUCGCUACUCCAGGAAGAUUGCUCGAUUUGAUCAAUCAAAAAUUUGUCAAUCUGACAGAAGUCCAAAAGUCAUCUCUCGUCUUCCGAUAGCCAAACAGACGCUCCUGUUUUCAGCAACGAUGGCUCCUAGUAUCAUGAAUCUGGCCAAUGGAUUACUCAAAAAUCCUGCAUAUAUUUCGGUCACUCCUGUCUCUUCUACCGUCGAUACGAUCAAUCAAUCACUCUAUACUGUCAGCAAAGAAAACAAAAAAGAUCUCCUUGUCCAUCUUCUCAAAAAUACGGAUAUCAAAAACGCUGUCGUCUUUACCAAAACUAAACACGGAGCAAACAAAGUAGAAAAAAUCCUCGCUCAAAACAAUAUCUCCAGCGCAGCCAUCCAUGGAAAUAAAUCACAAGCUGCCAGACAGAAAGCACUCGCUAGUCUCAAAGCUGGAUCUAUACGCGUAUUAGUAGCCACUGAUAUUGCAGCCAGAGGUAUCGAUAUCGAUGAACUAUCACAUGUCAUCAUCCAUGAUGUACCACUCGAACCAGAAUCAUAUGUCCACCGUAUCGGACGUACUGGAAGAGCUGGACUCAAAGGUCAUGCGAUCAUGUUUUGUGAACCAGAUGAGAUGAAAUAUCUCAAACAAGUUACCAAACUUAUUCAUAGAGACAUCCCAUUAGUGAAAGAUCAUCCCUAUCAUCUUGAUUUAGGACAUACUGGAAAAAUCCAACCUCCAGCUCCUAAGGGAAGAGGUAUACCAUCUCCUCAUAGAUCUCGCCCAUCA